AUGGCACGAAAAGGAAAUCCAAUUUCGGUAAGACUUGGUCUGAAUCGUAGUUCAGAUUCAAGUCGGUUCAGUGAUUAUUAUUAUGGUAAAUCAGUGUAUCAAGAUGUCAAUCUUAGAUCUUAUUUCGGUUCGAUACGUCCACCUACUAGACUCACCUUUGGCUUUCGUCUCGGUAGGUGUAUUAUUAUACAUUUUCCCAAAAGAACAUUCAUUCAUUUCUUUCUUCCCCGUCGACCACGACGACAGAAACGACGCGAAAAAUCCAGACCCGGAAAGGGGAAGGGCCAGUGGUGGGCAUUUGGGAAAGUCGGGCCGAUCGGGUGUCUUCAUUCAAGCGACGGUACAGAAGAAGAACGAAACGAAGUGAGAGGCCGGGGGGCAGGGAAAAGAGUCGAGUCGAUCAGGCUCGACGACCGGGAGAAGCAAAACGAAAUCCGGAUUUGGCCGAAAAAGAAGCAACGCUAUGGAUACCAUGACCGAUCACCAUCGAUAAAGAAGAAUCUUUCUAAAUCACUUCGGGUCAGCGGGGCCUUCAAGCAUCCGAAAUACGCCGGGCUUGUAAAUGACAUAGCCCUCCUAAAUGACGACUCCUUCAGAAAAACGAAGUUAUUCAAGUUCUUUUUCUCAAAGAAGUCCCCCUCCGACAGCCCGACGAGUCAUCCACUUAAAAGGACCCUCCCUGCGGUGCGCCCUUCCUUGAAUUAUUCGGUCAUGCAAUACUUAUUGAAGACAAAGAACCAAAUGCAUUUCGACCCCGUCGUAGUUCUCAAUCAUUUCGUGGAACCGGGCGUGGUUGAACCAUCUACCAUGGGGGGAGCUAAUGCACAGGGAAGAAGCUUAGAUAAGAGAAUACGUUUCGCUUUUUUUGUCGAAAGCUCGACCAGCGAGAAAAAGUUUUUGGCCGAAGACAAAAAGUUGACCCACUUCAUUCGCUGGUCGGAUCAUCCUCGCUUCGCGGGAACAACAAAAACCACCAUCUCGCUCUUUCCUUUCUUCGGUGCUACCUUUUUCUUUCCAAGGGACGGGGUUGGGGUGUAUAAGAACCUUUUUUUUGAGUAUGCCCGGGAACAACUCCUACGAAAAUUCAGGAAAAAAUGUUGGAACCUCACGGCUAAGGAUAAGGUAAUGGAAUUGAUAGAGAAAUUCAUAGACCUAGGUGGGAUAGGAGAAUUGAUAAAGGGAAUAGAGAUGAUGAUAGAGAUCAUACUGAGAAACAGAAGAAUUCCGUACGGGUACAACUUUUAUUUGAACGAAGUGAAAAAAAUGCGAUCUUUGUUGUCUAAUAGAACAAAGACUAAUACCUUAAUUGAGUCGGUCAAGAUCAAAUCUGUUUAUCAAAGUGCUUCUCCGAUUGCUCAAGAUAUCUCUUUUCAACCGAGGAACAAAACAAGAUCAUUUCGCUCCAUUUUUAGUCAAAUAGUGAAGGAUAUUCGAUUAGUAAUGAAAAAAGGGGUGGAGGGGAUCCGUAUAUGUUGUUCAGGUCGAUCAGAAGGUGCAGAAAUAGCUAGAACUGAAUGCGGAAAGUAUGGAAAAACAUCUAGUAAUGUAUUUAACCAGAAAAUAGAUUAUGCUCCUGCGGAAGUAUCUACUCGUUACGGAAUCUCAGGUGUCAAAGUGUGGAUUUCAUAUAGUCAAAAAGAAAGGGGACGUGCUAUAUCCGAAACGUACGAAAUAUAG